GACUAGACCGCAACCAGAGUCAACCCGUCGGCUGGCACAAUGCAAAACGCAUCGAACGAGCAACAACUUGACUCUAAAAUGUCGAAGGAGGGCGAGAAUGGCGAGAAACCCGUCGACGUCGCUAUGCUAGAGGACAAACUGGAGGCGAGUUCGCCCACUCUGGACAUCACGUUGGCUCCUGGUCGUUAGGCCUUCCACGUCGCUGUACUUUGUCUCUUCGUUGGAGCCUUCACGGGUGUCGCUCUGUGGGGGAUCACCCUACCUGAGACCAUCUACGACAAAGUCGGAUCCUCCACCAAUGCCAAUGCAAAGACCGACACGUACAACUUCCGCUCGGGUCUCGCCAUGGCCUUCAUCGAGGUCGUCAUGGGCUGGUGGCUCGACAAGAUCCAGCCGACGUACAUUGUGUUCCUCCACAACCUCCUCUGGUCCUCCAAGGAGACCACAGCGCCCAGUAAAGUGGUCGGUCGUGUCCGAUCCGUCAUCCUCUUUGUCGUCCCCAUCCUCGUCGUGCUCACUCUGGGUAAUAGCAUUCGAGGUUUCCAGGCUUCCAACAGUACAGUGGGCUUCAACUCGACUAUGAUCCUCGACGAUUUCCAGAAAUCCCAGUCUUCCAUCGAGAAGCUCCAAGCUGAUGCCUUGAAGAACGAGUCAAACAUCCGACGACCUAGUGACACGAUCUUAAAGAACGCAGUACGGCAACAGACAACUCCUUUCAGCUUCAUCGCUGACCCCACGUGUACACAGCAGAACUCGUCGGUCAUGUACGCGGGCGAGAGUUUGGCUCCUAUUAAUGUGGACGAUCUGGCCUCCAUCGCCGCCGUUUAUGGGUUUUACUCGAACGAAUGGAACACGGAGAUCAACUUUAUGAACAAAACACCUGACGCUAACUACUCCAUCACGUACAGUGAAGCUCAGGGCAAUUCCGAGUGGCCGGAGGAUUUCGAUAUUAUCAACACGAUUAACCUCUUUUUUCACGGGACUGUCAUGGUGGAGCGAGCUAUUGCCAACUCGGAGCGGAGACAACACAACUGCUCCGAGUCUGACAGUCGAACAGAUCUGGACGUGCUGCCCAACAACUCGAUGAGUACUGGCGGAUGGACGUAUAAUACCGACGGAACGAGGAUUUGUCAAGGCCCCGCUACGUCGCUCUUCACUCUGACAGAAGCUGUGAGCAACAUCACGUCUGUAUCCAUCGAUUCUGUCAUGAAUUUGAUCACUACGGGACUCAACAAGUCCUUCCCCAAUGCCUUCGCUCUAGACGAGACCACCGUGUCCAUGGAGAAGCUGAGUCUCACUGAUCAGAUGAGUAUCGAGGCGUUAACUAUUGAUGUGGCUCUCAACACUUCUGUUAACUAUGGAUGGACGAUCGAAGACGUCGCGUGCAAUUUCUACGAUGUUUGUGGGUCUUCGGCAGAGAAUGGAUCAGACGCGUUCGGUGCAAAUGUGAGUUCUGUCCCUGAUUAUCUGUGGAGUUACUUCAGCACGAGCUUCUGCGGUAACACUUCUUGUGUCUUCUUCGACUUCAGCAACGCCUUCAACCUACAAAAGGAGAUCGGGGUAAUCCCACUCGUGGAUAAUUGCUCCGAGAUCAGCUACGACGCCAACUAUGGAGGUUGGUAUCCUGUUAAUUGCGAGAAAAUCUCCAACCAGGCUGUGCUCUAUGGCAUCGGGUCGUACAUUUCUGGUGACACUUUUUCAGUCGGAGGUUUCGACGGAGAGUAUGAAGUCUAUGAGGAGAAUCUGGAUAUGUACCUUGGACCGUAUAUCAAGAAUCCGCGACGUCACAUCCAGUUCAGCUUUGCACUAUUAUCAUGGCAGACUGAUCCAGUACAUGAGGAGUUUGAUGCCCAGUGUGACGUUAGUGGAGAGGAUGGAGGAGAUUGCCGUGGUAUGUGGUAUCAACUGCCUCAAACCAAGCGCUACCUAUUCGCUGGUGAGGAUGCGCUGCCAGUCGACUACAUAAUGGAAGGAGACUUCCACUCACCGAGUCCUCUGGUCCAAUUGAACUCGCCAUCUUUCGUAGUCUAUGAUACCACGACUCAAUUGGAAUAUUUAAACCCUGAGAAUUUCCUGGCCACUCAAUGGAAUUCCAGUCUGGACGAGACUCUGGGCAGCGAUUCCUGUUCGUCACUCAUGGAAUCCUAUCUGUCCCAAUUGAGAGACAACAAUUAUUUCCUGGAGCGACCACUUGAGGUCAUGUACACGUCCGUUUUCUUCUUGUUCAUGCAAGAUGCUGCAGUGACAGAUCUGAGCUCGUCUUCUUCGUCUUCUUCUUCAUCGUCUUCACCAUCCAAGAUCACUACGUCAUCAUCAGAUCUUCUCGCUAACGUACAACUCAAAGGUGAUCGACAACUUCGCCGGAUCGCCAUGUCGAUCCCUUCGAACUCGUUCUGGAUUUCGUUUGUGGGGUGCAUCGUCCUUGUUGCGAUCAUGUCCAUCAUCCUCAUCUUCCCCAUUCGACGUCCCGAGUACUUUGAGCCGGGUACGACGACUGCUGAGAAGUUCGUGGCGCUCAAGACGAAUGCAACCUACCCGGAUCUCGUGUAUAAGAAGACGCUGGUGCCAACGAAAAGUGUCGAUGUUGAUCCGCCGGUUAUGAACGCGUUCAAGGUGGAAAGCAUGACGCUUGUGCAUCGAUCUAGGGAAAGAACACAACAGAUUGAACUAUAAGGCAAGUCGAGCUGGAAAGUAGGAUAUAUAUACAGUGAAGAUAAAAAAAAAAAUACCAGUGAACUCACUUUACAUAUUAAUAAAUCAUCUUCUUAAAAUACACUUUUCUCGAUAUCGU